CACAAGCUCUUGUUUUCUUCCCUCUCCGCCUUUUGGUCCGGCAGGGGCCCUGCUCGGUCAGGUGGCACGCUCACAUUGGUCUUUGCUGCUGCCUGCAAAACUUUUGCGAUGAUCACUAUUCGCCCGUUACCUUUUUUUCUGUCUGCAUGCUAGACGACGAAUCUUGUUCGGAUUGGCAGUCAUCUUUAGAUAUAUAGCCAGGCAGCCAAAUAUAUAGUUCCUGAUUUCUUGGUCUUGCAUUGGAUGCAUCUAUAAAUCUCUCUAACUUGCCAGGCAGUGCAAUACAGUAUCGAUCAGGCAACACAUGGAGGACUCGACCCAGUUCAUGCAGUGGGCCCUGAGCACGCUGCAGCACGAGCAGCCGCCGCCGGGAACGCCGGCGCCGGCCGCCGUCGCCUACGACGAUGGCUGCGACGACACCGUCUCGUCCAUCCCGGUGCUGCGAUACUCGGCGUCGGUGGAGAGCAUGGUACCGGGGGAGCCACCAGCACGGGAAGGCCUGCGCGCCAGCAACAGCUGGAGCUCAGUGGACACCGACAGCGGGAGUGGCGGCGGCAGCGGCGGCGGCGCCUCCGCCACUGCCUGGUCGCCGCCGCAGCACGCGGCCAUGUGUGCUGCCACGGCCCCCGGCAGCUGCAGUAGCGGCACCAACCAGCAGCCAAUGAGCUGGGACUUCAAUUCCGCGUCGGCGCAGCUAAUCAUAGAAGCCCAGCCGAACUCUGCCGCCGCCGCACUGCAGGCGGAGAGCGGGGCCGGCGGCGGCGGCGGUGUCGCCGUGCCGCAGUUGACGCAGCACGGCCGACGGUCACCGCCGACGAGGAGGGCCUCUGCCAAGAUCUCCGCGUCGUCUUCGUCAGCGCCGUACUCGCAGGACCACAUCAUCGCGGAGCGGAAGCGGCGGGAGAAGAUCAACCAGCGUUUCAUCGAGCUCUCGACAGUCAUCCCCGGCCUCAAGAAGAUGGACAAGGCGACGAUCCUCUCCGACGCGACGAGGUACGUGAGGGAGCUCCAGGAAAAGCUCAGGGCGCUCCAGAAGGACGGCGGCGGCGGCGGCGGCGGCCGGGGCAUGGAGUCGGCGGUGCUCGGCAGCAAGAAGGCGCGCAUUGCGGCGCCGGACGACGAUGAGGACGGCGGCGCGCAUCCUAACGCGGCAGGUGGGCCAGCGGCGACCAGGAACAACGCGCUGCCGGAGAUCGAGGUGAGGAUCUCGGAGGGCAACGCCGUGAUGGUGACGAUCCACUGCCGGGACGCCAAGGGAGUGGUGGUCAGGUCGCUGGCCGAGGUCGAGGGGCUGCACCUCAGCAUCACGCACACCAAUGUCGUGCAGUUCUCCGCUGCCGUUCUGAUCAUAAACAUCAUGGCAAAGGUGGAGCAGGGCUUCAACAGCACAGCAGACGACAUUGUAGGGAGGCUCAACGCAGCGCUAGCGUGUCACAAGUAGUAGCCCGGCCGGAAGAAACAAGGAACUGCUAGCUGCUAAAGAGCUAGCGCCAAACUUUAUCUUCAUCGACCGAUCUAUGCCGUGUGAUGUCGCCGGUGUGUGUAGCACAAGUCUAUGAUGACGAGCAGACCGGCGUCCCGUCGCAUGUGUACUUAAUUAGCUUCCAUGCAUGAUCCAAAAUAAAGUUUCUUCGUUCUGCACCUACCACACAUUUGGAAGAUACGCUUGAACUUCUCAAC